AAACUUGUUACCAAAUUACGAUAACCUUCAACUUCUCAUUAUUUCUUCAUGACAAAUAUUUUCGAAAUAAUUUUUAAGUAAUUCUUAACUAAUGUUUCUGACCACGGUCAAUAAACCAACUUAGAUACACAUUGUGGUUGGAUGGACCCCACUCCAAUCUGCUUGUUUUUCCCCAACAUGAGAGCCAUCAUACAAGAAGUAAAUCGUCAUUUUAGUCUGUUUAGUUGUGGUUUAGUUUGAGGACUGUCGGUAUGGUGGCUCGUUCGCAUGCAAUUUUAGAUCACCCAAUCAAUUAACCUGCUCCUGUCAGGCCUUGUUUCUACCUGACCAAUACAGCAUUAUUAUGCAACUCAUUGCCAAAUACUCGUAUUUUUAACUUGCAAGCGUGAUUCCGAUCAGGUCGCAUAGACAAAGCGGGAGAGAAUAUAAGCAAGGGAGAAAAUUUUCCCAGUGGAGUUUUGAGUUUUGCUUUCUCCACAAGACAGCACGUACUCUCUUUCUCUCACAAUCAGUUAAAAAUAAUAAAAGGACCUUUUUAAAUUAAAGUUCGGAGCAAAUAUGAUUGGUGUCGUUCUGAAGCGCGUUGUCUGCAGUCCUCAAGUCAAUAGGGUUUUGAGCUGCACCAGCCAUAGGGAUUUUCACGACAAAGGAUACAUAAUGGGAGAGUGGGUGGGGGCCAAGUCGGGCAAGACGUUUGAUGUGACCAACCCUGCGACGGACCAAGUGCUUGCUAAGGUUCCAGAUAUGGAUGAGCAUGAUGCAGAAGCCUCUAUCCAGGCCGCUCAAACAGCCUUCCUCUCAUGGAGACACACGACAGGAAAGGAAAGAUCAAAGCUGAUGAGGAAGUGGUAUGAUGUAAUUAUAAAAAGAAAGGACGAGAUGGCCAAGCUCAUAACUUUAGAGAAUGGAAAACCAUUGGCAGAAUCUCUAGGAGAAAUCAUCUACAGUUCGGAUUAUGUGGAAUUUUAUUCAGAAGAAGCUAGAAGAAUUCAUGGGGAGAUUCUAUCGAGCCCAGCAAAAUCAAAGGAAAUGAUGUUUGUGAGAGAACCCAUAGGUGUGGUGGCAAUGCUGGUUCCGUGGAACUUUCCCACGGCGAUGAUCGCAAGAAAAGUUUCUGCAGCAUUGGCUGCAGGAUGCACUUGUACAAUAAAACCUUCAGAGGACACUCCCCUGUCGACAAUCCUGCUCGCAGCAACUGCUGAAGAAGCUGGCAUUCCUCUUGGAGUGAUCAACGUAAUUACGUCCAGUCGACAGCACGCUGCAGGGGUGGGAGCAAAAUUCUGCACGAGCCAUGAAGUCCGAGGAAUCUCAUUUACUGGAUCCACUGGGGUUGGAAACCUGUUGUAUAAACAGUGUGCAUCAACUACUAAGCGACUUGCCCUUGAAUUAGGAGGAAAUGCUCCAUUUAUUGUGUUUGAUUCUGCAGAUCUCGAUAAUGCUGUGGUUGGAGCAAUGGCUUCUAAAUUUAGAAAUGGAGGACAGACUUGUGUGGCCACUAAUAGAAUUUUAAUUCAAGAUAAAGUCUACGAUGUGUUUAUCAGUAAAUUGAAGGACGCUAUAUCGAAACUAGUUGUUGGUGAUGGUCUUGAUCCUAAGACCAACAUAGGUCCUCUUAUUAAUAUGGCCCAGUUUCAUAAGGUUGCAGCAAUGGUAGACGAUGCAAAAGAAAAAGGUGCUAAAGUAUUAGUUGGUGGAAAACAUCACUCUUUGGGACGUACCUAUUACGAGCCUACUUUGUUGGUUGAUAUUAAACAAGACAUGUUAUGCUAUCAACAAGAAAUUUUUGGACCAGUAGCAAUGACAAUGAAAUUUAAAACGGAAGAAGAAGCCAUUAGAAUCGCAAAUAACACUCGUAGUGGACUGGCGUCAUAUUUUUACAGCAAUGACUUUUCUCAGAUUCGAAGGGUCUCGCAUGCUCUGGAGUAUGGAAUGGUUGGUAUAAAUGAAGGUAUUAUUUCUGCUGCUGAGGCUCCUUUCGGAGGCGUUAAAGAAAGCGGACUAGGUCGAGAAGGGUCUAAACAUGGGCUCGAUGAGUAUUGCAAUAUUAAAUACUUUUGCAUAGGGGGUCUCAACUAAUUGAACCGUAUCUAUCCAUGGGUAUACCUAUGGAUACACCCCAGUUGUUCUCUUCAAAAUCGUCUUCCAAAUGAUCUAGGUUAUUCUCACAUUUUUGCUCUCACUGACAAUAAUAAUGUGCUAUAUGGCUUUACAAAUGACAGACAAAUACAUAGAAAACAAUACUUGCACGUACACUCUUCUACUCCAGAAACAAUAUUAAAAUUGCCCUAAAAAGUGUACGUUCAUAAGUGAAGCUAAUUGAAAUGGCGUAGUAGCGUACACUUACCCGUGAUAAAAAAUAUCCAGUACAUUGUAUUGCAAUAACUUUUCCAAGAUUUUAUUUUUAUUUGCUUUACGGCUUUAAAUAAUUCCAUAAACCUUGUUCACUAAUUAAUUAAGUUUUCUCAUAGCUUUAAAUAGAUACAUUAAGUUCAAAUGUUUUUGAGAAAGGUGACUAAUACUACGAAAUAAAUAUUCAUCAACGACAUAA